AUGUCCGUAGCAGGAUUUAAGAAGCAAUUUUACAAAGCAAGCCAGUUAAUGAGUGAGAAGGUUGGAGGUGCAGAGGGAACCAAACUGGAUGAAGACUUCAAGGACCUUGAAAGGAGAGCAGAUAUUACCAGCAAAGCAGUUGUGGAGGUCAUCAAUAAAACAUCAGAGUACCUCCAGCCCAACCCCGCAACGAGAGCUAAGCUUUCCAUGCUCAACACAGUUUCCAAAAUCCGUGGACAGGUGAAUAGUCCAGGCUACCCCCAGCCUGAGGGCCUUCUGGGGGAGUGCAUGACUAAGUACGGACGGGAUAUGGGCGAGGACACCAACUUUGGUGGGGCUCUAAUAGACAUAGGGGAGUCAAUGAAGAGGAUGGCCGAGGUCAAGGACUCUCUGGAUAUUGAUGUGAAGCAGAAUUUUAUUGACCCACUGCAGGCAGUCGCUGAGAAGGAUAUCAAAGACAUUCAGCACCACCUGAAGAAGCUGGAGGGCCGCCGUCUGGACUACGAUUAUAAAAAGAAACGUCAAGGUAAAAUCCAAGAUGAAGAGAUCAGGCAAGCCCUGGAGAAGUUCCAUGAGUCCAAAGAGAUGGCUGAGAGCUCCAUGAACAAUCUGCUGGAAACAGAUGUGGAGCAGGUGAGUCAGCUGUCCUCUUUUGUAGAGUCUCUGCUGCAGUACCACAGACAGGCCGAGCAGAUCCUGGAGGAGCUUUCUGACAAACUGAGAGAAAGGGUGAACGAUGCUCAGAACCGUCCAAGGCGCGAAUACACACCCAAACCCAGACCAGCCUUUGACUUUGGAGAGGUAGAACAGUCCAACGGAGGAUACUCACCUGCUGCAACAAGCCCUUCAUCUUACUCUCCAUCUGAGCCAUGCUGUAAAGCCCUGUAUGACUUUGAGCCGGAGAACGACGGAGAGCUGGGCUUCCACGAGGGUGACAUCAUCACCUUGGUCAAUCAAAUCGAUGAGAACUGGUUCGAGGGAAGCCUUGGUGGAAAAUCAGGAUACUUCCCCAACAACUAUGUUGAAGUGAUGGUGCCUCUACCGCACUGAAAACAGCAAGGCAAGAGGGAGACUGCAGAGGAUGGAAAGGGGGGAUGAUAGAGGAUUGUCAACUUUCAAUAAACAAAGGAUCUCUUUGUUUAUUGAAAAUAAAAAGGGUAAACAUCUCAAGACAGGGACCUAAUUUUUGUAUCUAAGAGUUAUUUGAGCAAAGCUUUUUUUUUUUUUUCAUUCAAGAUUUAAUGGAUUUUUAAAAACAGUAAGGAUGGAGGGAAGAUCAGUCAGAAAAAUUAUGGCGUAAUGUCUACGCGCAUUUACCAUAUCCUCAGUCUUUAUAUUCAUUCUCUAUGCACCUGUGCACUUUGUACAGUACACCUCCAUCACCAGGACUGAUGAAGAAAGAUCGAGAGAAUGGCAUCUGUAAUAUCAUGUCCAGCGGUAUCCACAAACACUAAGAAAUGCAGCUACUUUAUUCUUAUAUUCUUAUCCUAUUUUAUAUAUUUACAUUAUGACAUUUCUUGUUCUUUGUAUUGUGCAUAUUGGUACUACACACAUGCAUGUAUACACAUGCAUUUUUCUAAGCACUGUUUUCUACACUCCCAGUUUUCACCUCUGUGCCUUUAGGCUUUAGUAUUGUUGUCAUCCCGGUCUCAUUGGAGUCAACAUGGAGGACUGGCUGCCUUUUGUUGACGUUUAAAACAAUCCUCGGCUGCCAUCUGGUGGUAAAGAUGAUUCUUGGCUAUUGGUUUGAGUGGCACUGUCAUAUGGCUUCUGUUACCUCUUAUCAAUACAUGUUGGAUGGCUUUUCUUAGGUUUUAGGUAGGUAUGUUUUCAAGACAUAGAGUAUAUGUGUAUAAAACUUCAAAAAUAGCUGAAGCCAGUCGGGGGAUAAAGUUGACAGACUACUGUUUGUUACUGUAAUUGCAGUUUUACAAACAUUAGCUAAUUUUAUUCUAGACCCUAAAGUUGUUUAAGAGUUUAUUUCUAAAGGGCUGUAGGGGUCCAUAAAUACACUUUUCUUUUUUAUUUCCAUUAUCACACUAAUUGUUAGUAAGUUGUCCCUAAGUUAAUUUACCUACAGCUCUACCCGUUUUUCAAUGCACAACACCCUCUUGUCUCUUACAGUUGAUGCCAAAGAGAGGUUACACAAAUUCCCAAAUUGCCUGAGGCUGCUGUUUGUCAAUGAAAAGACAUGUAUUUAAACAGCCUUAUCUACACAAUGCUGCAAAAUUAAUAUUUAAUAAUCGAGAUGAUUAUAUGCAAUCAAGUUUUCCCUUUUUAUAUACUUCACAGAAGCAGACAUUUGAUUCAAUUACAGUGUAGCUCACAAUAAUGCAACAUUAUUUUUCCCCACCCCAAAUAAUUUAUAGUAAUACCCCUAAACCAUAAGCCUACAUCCUUCAGUUCCUCUAUUUUCUCAGGCUUUAGUGAUGCUGCUGGCAGUGUCACUCAAUUGUUUUGUGGGCUUUUACUCAACUGUUUGUCAAUGAAUUUUCAGCCUGUGAUUUGUUUGCCCUCGGCGCUGGGGUAAGCUUGUCUUUAGUAUUCUAACCUAUAAUUUGGAGCAUGAAAAUUAAUCUGAUGUGUAUUGGGGGUUUUUCUACCUGCCUUAGUUUUCAGACUGAAACUGUGCACCAGACCUGACAGAAAAUGCUAGCUCCCAACUAUUGUGUUCAGAAUUUACUAAUAAUGAGAAGGGUUGUUACACAAUGGCUGGUUUCAGUUUCAUUUAAGCCUAUUACAAGCAGAGUAUGAACUGUGAGGGUUUGUGCUGUUCACUAAAAUGCCAACUUUCUCCUCUUGUCAUGAUCCCCUUGUUAGACCGCCCCCGCCCCACUCAUCUGUCCCAUCUCUAUUUAAACUGGGAGUGGAACAGACAGGUCUUUUCAGCAGGGAAGGGUACACAGCAGUGGAUUAUGCCCUCCAUCCCCCACUAGUCUUUAUUCUCCACCUGCCCCUGUACCCCUACCCCCUCUCUCGUUAUCUGCCCCAUCCCAAUCCCAUGGUGACUCUGGAGCUUGGUUUCCUGGUCCAUCCCUGGAAUAAUCUCUUUGUUAUCAUAGUAUGUGCCUCUUAAUGUUAUGGUUGCAUGUCUCCUAUGUUAUUCAUGUUAUGUGUAGGGCCAUGGGGUUUAGCUGUGCUGAGAAAUAAUUGUGCGGUUCAGGUGUGUUUUUAGAUGCCUCAUUACACUAAAUCAAAAGUCCAGAGUUUGAGAGGGGAAAGAAGGGUCAGGGGCUCAGGUUGAGCUAUUGUGCAGUUUGUAUAAUAUUGAUGAUGAUUAAUGUCAUGGAACAAAGGGCUAAGAUCAAUUUUUAUACGCUGCUGCCGUCAUCUGAAAUAGUUGUCUGACUGCUGCGGCUGACAUUUAUUGCAACACGACAUUCUGUGAUGGCUUGUUAUGCAUUCAUACCCAUAAGUGUCCCAAUUUUGUGAUAUUAAUGAAGUAUUACCAGCCUUAAAAGCUUUAUUUUAUUAUGCACAAUCCUAAUGUAGUUUUCUGUGCUAAAAUGUAACUGCUUUGCAUGUGUCUUCAUUACAGUAUGUCUUGGACAAUACUUUAUUUUCGUAACUGUGACACUAUGGGGAGACUAAAAUAUGGGAUUAUCCUGGAUUAUUUUUAGGAUAUAUGGUUUACCUCUAUACUAAAUGUAAUCCUAUGUGUAUUGUUUAUUUUUGUUAUUAUGUAAAGGGGAAUGGAUGCUGUUCAUUUGCUUCUUUAAAUAAAUGUUAAGUAACUUGG